GGGAACACACAGACAGGAGCACUGAGAGUGAGUGAGAGAGUGAGGGACACACAGACUGGAGCACUGAGAGAUCCCCACGGCUGUGAUGGAGUGAUUGACAAAGCUGUUGCCAUGGAGAACUUGAACAGGAACUUGACAGAGCACGGCCGACAGACUCACCAGAUUCUACAAGGCACCCCUCUGGACCUGAUUGAGACAGGGAAGGGGCUGAAGGUGCAAGCAGAGCGCCCCCACCUGGUGAGUCUAGGAAGUGGUCGCCUCAGCACUGCCAUCACACUGCUGCCCCUGGCUGAAGGACGGACUACAGUUGGCUCUGCCGCAAAAGACAUCAAUGUGCAGGGCCCGGGCAUCGCUGCCCAGCACUGCUACAUCGUGAAUCAGAACGGGGUCAUCACGCUGCACCCCUGUGGGAACCCCUGCUCCAUCGACGGCAUCCCUGUCACCAAGCCCGUCCGCCUGACACAAGGUAGAGGACGUAGCUGCACGAGAACUACCAGGGCUAGCAGAGACCUUGCACGCACUGGGAGCAGCCCAAGCUUCAGCAGCAUGAGUUCUCUCCCUGAUAGAAGCUGACUGCACUGUCGGUGCGGUAGCAAAACGAACUCAACUACAGUAAAAGAGAUAGGGACCUCUGCAAAGCAUUGCAAAUCUUUCUGAUUCACCAUACCAUGCAUGCACUUAGUACUGUAAAUCAUAGGGAAAGAGGGGCCAAAUUUAUA